AUGGUGAAAUUGACAGCAGUCACAGCCGUGGCGACGGGUACAGUCAUGCUGAUUGCGCUAUACGAUGGAUCGGCAGUGCAGCGGGGCGAAAAGAGCAUUCGACUGUGUCCGUUUGGAGAGCGCCUCGAGGAAAACUCGUCAAGUUCAUCAAUUGCACAGCAAGCCGUUGAUUCACUUCGAGAAGUUGAAUCCCAGCAGUAUUCGCCUCCGGGUGCUUCCUCAUUAAUGCCUCCUCUUGUCUACGCUCCCGUGUCGAUGACGGCGGCCCCUGGCAUUGAGUCUGCGCCUGUUCUCGUGUUUUCCUCGGACUCCGUUCUGGAGCGGCAAUCCAUGAAAAUCGGCGAUGUUGGUCCUGUUGCUCUGGACGUUGGUCAGUCAGUUCACGGUCGCCAAGUGAAGCUUGCCUCCACAGUCACGUCGUCCAAGUUUUCUUCUCCCUUAGUGGCGCAAAAGCGUCAGCAAGAAAGCGCGAAGAGUUCGUCUCUAGAUUCCACUACUCAGCAGACGCUGAUCGACCACAUCCUCAUUUGUGGGCCGUUCGACCAGGGGUAUCAACUCGCGAGUUAUCUGAACGAGCUCUACUCUCACGGAGCCCAAAGAGAGGACUCUGAGCAGAGACCAGCUAUAUGCAUUGUUCUUCUUGUCAAAACCUUGCCAAGUGCUGAGGAACUCGCAGCGUUGCCCCGCGCGCUGCCCACGAACGUUUCCAUCGAGUGCGGAACGGCUGAAAACGUCGAGGACUUGCUGCGAGUGCGAGCGACAGCGUGGACGCCGUCUCCGACGACUUCUGUCAACGCUGGCGCUGCGGACGACGGACUUUACCACGAGCAUCUCCAGCAGCAGCAGUCAGCAGAAAUCCGCCCUGGGCUCAGUCUAUUAGCCAAGUGCUCGGUUGUGAGGUCUCACAGCAGCAUCAAGUACUUCGCCUACAAGAGCGACGCAGGGAUUCGAGCGCCCGAAGACUCAUCGCAGAGCACGCGAAGCGAUGACGAAGACUCCAUCGCUGGGGUCUCCGACAUCCCACGAAACGAGUACCAGAACGAGCGGCUCCAUGACUACCCAAGACGACGGAACUCUCUCAAGCGACUUCACUGCAGACGCCGCCAUUCCUCGACUCCGAUCGACUAUCUGUCGUCUCCCUGCUUCUCCCCGGCCUACGCGGCUGGCGAGGUCUUCGUCGACUGCGUCUUGGACACGCUCCUGUGCCAGUCCUUCUUCAACCCGUACGUGGUCGACCUGGUUCGAGCGUUAGCAGGCGGCGACGACCCGCAUGGGACCCCGACGUUCAACUUCAAGGCGUCCAUGAUGCGCCACGUUUCGUCACGUGGGAGCACGGAAACUGGUGCAAGUAAUAGCGCGAUUAAUCCGAGUCCGGUGCUGCGGGUGGCGACUAUUUCUCGCGAGUUGGAAGGUGCACCUUUCGCUGAGGUCUUCUCGAGAGCGCUGAGUCAGCACGUGCUGGUGCUGAGCGUAUAUCGACGCGCUCAGGCCGGGAGUCGAGGCAACGCGCUCCCGUACGUGGUGACUUGCCCCGAGUCGCCCUUCGACUGCGCUGUCGAGCGCGGAGACCAGCUCCACGUCCUCAUGGAACUACGGCACCCCAUUUCCAUUCGGUGA